AACCUCCUGAGUCCUCGCCAACAACCAUGAUUCUAUAGCGCACUUCUUCUGUCUGCACGCAUCACUUAACAUUUCAUGCAAUAUGGCAGACGCAGAAACGGCUAAGCUCUGCGUACAAAUCAUAGAUUCGCACUUCGGCCCUCUGACAGCAUCUCUUGUAUCUACGCUUCUAGCCCGUGGCCGACUAUCCCUCCCACAACUUAUUCGAUUCACCGACCCGUCCCCAAAACCCCGCUCAGUUCAUGCUGCUGUUCUCUCACUCAUACAACAUAACUUGCUAUGGCACUCUGUCGAUGAUGCAGGAGGGCAGGAGAUGCUUGAAGUGAACACUUUCGAGUGUUUCAUGAGACUGCGCUUUGGCAGAUUUGUAGCGCUCGCAGACGAUCUAUUUGGCUCGGCAGGCACCGAGAUUGUGCAGCUUGUUCUGGACCAUGGCAAGGUUCGACCACCAGAUAUCAUCUCACAACUCUCUCAGGGCGAUAAAAAGAAUACGUCCGCAUACAAGCAAACGCUGCACAAAUUGGUGGACCGCUCAUACCUCAAGCCUUCAACCGUUCUCUCACAUCAGUCUCCUCACGACAAACUGAUAGCAUACGAUGCGGAAGAACGUCGACGCAUUGCUGGUUUCCCAACUGCGAAGCAGCUGCGCGAGGCCCGCGAAACGGCGGAAGCAAGGCUUAAACGUGAAGAAGAGGAAGCAGAACGUGUUGGAUUUAAACGGAAGGCAAAGGACAACAUAACGCAGCGGUCUAGCAAGCGCAAAGCUGUGGAUGAGGACGCUUUAGAUGAUGAUGUAUAUUUCCGUGUCAACUACGACAAAUUCAACAUACACAUCCGCAAUCAGUUAAUUGAAACGCUUGUGCGUGAACGGUUCAAUGAGAGUGCCGCCUGCGUAGUGCAUGCGACACUCAAAUCAACCGAAUUAAAACAAAAAAGCAUGACUGAUGUUCGCUCUGAUCCAACAUCAACAGCCUCAAUAGCUAUGCAUAUACCUGAUGAUGCCCCUUUAUCAGCCGGCCUCGCAUCUUCCUCAAAAAAGUCUAAUCCAGCAUCAUUAGCGAAGGAGUUUCUUACUCUAAUGUCAUCCUCAGCGAACCCUAGCGCUGCAUCAUUUGUCUCCAUGGGGGAAAACAAGGUGUAUGUAGAGUUCGAGACCAUAUCAAGGCGAAUGAAACGCCAUGUGCUGGAAGAGGUGACCCGCGAAAAGCACAAGGAUGAAGGCGUGCGGAUUUUACGUCUUCUUCUCGAUGUUGGGAAAAUGGAUGAAAAACAGAUAGCAAAGGUCGCGAUGCUGCCAAGCAAAGACCUGCGUCCCUUACUGUCAGCUCUCUCGUCAGACUUCAUCAUAUCAACUCAGGAGGUGCCGAGGAGCGCAGACCGCAAUCCAACCCGUACCUUUUACCUAUGGUAUGUCGAUCUGAACAGAGCCUAUACCUCCAUCCUUCGUUCGCUCUACAAAACACUCUUCAACAUAGGUCUUCGGCGCUCGGCCGAGGCCAGAGAGCCCAACGUCGCAGCUGUGCUGGUGAAGCGGGAGAGGACCGAUGUCGCAGCAGAUGAGGUGAAUCUGCUUACUCGACUAGAGAGGGAAAUCCUGAAUUCCUGGGAGGCGAGGCGGGAGAGGCUUACUAUUUUAGAGGCGAGAGUUGAAGAAGCAGUCUUUAUACUCAGGGAUUUAGUGUGCUCUGAAGAGAGCUAAAACCUUCUUGUUCCUAGGUUCCGUUUGAGUGCGUCUGUAAGUGAACUUGAAGCGCGACACAGAACACCGCUAGCAGUUUCUAUUGUCUACGAUUGGCUCAGUAUGACUAGUAUAUCGAUAUCGAGCACUCC